GUGAGCAACAAACUAUUGCUCUCACACUCUGCUGAUUCAGAAGUUGCGAAAGGGAAAACCGUUGCAGCAAUGAGCUUCCAACUCUUAACCAAGGCGAGAAAGCGAACUGUGUUUUCAUAUCUACUCUCACGCGCAUUCUCUCACCGAUCGGAACGAGCUUGCAGGCCUACAUUUGGCAUCGCUUUCGACAUCGACGGUGUCCUUUUGCUCGGAAACUCCCCCGUCGGUGGCUCUCCCGGAGCACUGAAAAGAUUAUACGACGCCGAUGGUAAAUUGAAAAUCCCUUACGUUUUCCUCACUAAUGGUGGUGGCUAUCCUGAAGCUAAAAGAGCUUUUGAACUAAGUAAACUGUUGGGUAUAAAUGUCACACCUUCGCAGGUUUUACAGGGCCAUUCUCCAUUUAAACAAUUGGUCAAGAGAUUUGAGAACGAUCUCAUUGUUGCUGUGGGAAAAGGGGAACCUGCAGCUGUGAUGACAGAAUAUGGUUUUAGAUAUGUUCUUUCAAUUGAUGAAUAUGCCUCAUGCUUUGAAAACAUUGAUCCACUGGCUCCAUACAAGAAAUGGACAACCAAGCUGGCUGUUACACAGAAUGCAAAGUUCAAUGAGAGUGUUCCAAGGAAUGAUGUCUUCUCUAAAAGGGUUCAAGCAGCAUUUGUAGUUAGUGACCCUGUUGAUUGGAGCAGGGACAUUCAGGUUCUCUGUGACAUCUUGAAAACAGGAGGCCUUCCCGGAAGAAAUGUUGGACCACAACCACACAUAUAUUUUGCAAAUGAUGACCUUGAAUACCAGACUAAAUUUCCUUCUGAACGUCUUGGAAUGGGAGCUUUCCGGAUUGCAUUAGAAUCCAUCUUCAAUAGGAUCCACCCUCAAUCCUUGGAGUAUACCAGUUUUGGCAAACCACAUCCAUCUGUAUUCAAGAAUGCAGAAAUUCUGUUAGAGAAACUUGUGGCGUCACUUUAUGAUGAUUUCUAUGAUAUAAAUCAUGAUAACACUUCAUAUUUUAAAACACUUUACAUGAUUGGAGAUAAUCCUGCAGUUGAUAUCAAAGGUGCACGACAGACUGGGCAUCCUUGGUUUUCUAUUCUCACCAGAACUGGGGUUUUCAAGGGGAAGGAAAAUCAUGACAAAUUUUCAGCAGAUCUGGUGGUUGACACUGUAGAAGAAGCAGUGGACUACAUAUUGACAAAGGAAUGCGCUUCAUAGGCCCCGCCCCGUCUGCUUUACGUGGCAAAGGCUUUGAUUCUUUAAGGCAAGGGUUCUAAAAAGAUGAUAUUUGCAAGUAAUAGGUGAUUUUGGUGAUCACUAAAAUAAUGUAAUAAUUUAUUAUGGCAUAAUCUUGCGAUUCAUUUGAAGCGCAUAUAAGUUACACAUGAUACACUGGGUCAAGUUGUUUUUUCAUUGGCUCGUGUUUGUUUGCAUGAUCAAGAGCCUUUAGUUGGUUGCUUUUUCUAAGCAUUAGUUUAGCUACGCUUUCUUGAGCUGGUAGUUUUUUUCAAGAUUGGACGGGAUUUCACUAUUAAUAUUGGGAUUUGGAGCAUUUCAGAAGAUUGGUUUUUCCAAGGAAACAAAUUUCAAAUUGCCUAGAAAGAGUUCUUGAAAUGCAAGUAACUUACAGUUAAUUCAUAUUGUGAUCUUAUUUCUUAUUUAAUGAAUCUCACGUGUAGUUUAUUAUUUUUAAUAAAUUUUAACCAAAAACUCAAAUUGUGCCCAAAAGAGUGUGUUGUUAACACUCUUCAUCUUUGUAUUGAACCUGUGAGAGGGUUGAGCUUGUUGGUCCAA